AUGGGCGCACCACUCUGCACUCCACCUCUCUGGAUCGCUAGGUCCGAAUCUUCUGCCAGAGUCAGCACGGUCGUCGUCGAAGCCGAGUCAGAGGGUUCGGAGCCAGAAGCCAUAGUCACGUCUGCCCCUAGGGAAGUGACUUUCCGCCUCGAUCUGGGCACGGCGACCUCGUGCCUGGGAGUGUUCCUGCAGAGCUGGGUGGAGAUCCUUGCCAAUGACCAGGGCAACCGCACCAGGCGCUACGUGGUCUUCACCGACAUCCUGAACGCGCUCCACACGGUGUUCGACACCAAAACGCUGAUAAGCUGCAAGUUCACAGAAGCGACUGUGCAGCCAGAGAAGAAACACUGGCUCGUUUGGGUGGCGAGCGAUGGCGGUAAGCCCAAAGUGCAAGUGUUCUAAGGCCGGUGAGGUAGUGGCGCUCAUGGUGCCUGCUACUUCAACGACUCGCAGCGCCAGGCGACCAAAGACGGGUGGGGUGGAGUGGCAUCAUGAGACGUGCUUAGGAUCAUUAAAGAGCCUACUGCAGUCGCCAUCACCUACCAUCUGGACCAGCCGAGUGCUGGAGAGAGCAACAUGCUCAGUGUUUUGUUUGGUUUUUGUAGCGGCACUUUCAAUGUCUCAGACCUAACUAUUCACGCUGGCGUCUUCGAGGUGAAGGCCACAGCUGGAGAUCUCACUCAUCUAGGUGGAGGGGACUUACCCAACCAGAUGCUGACCGAUUGGAUGGAAGAGUUCUGGGGCAAGCAUGGGAAAGAUGGGAACGGAAACAAGACGACACUUCGCAGAUUAUGCACUGCCUGUGAGCGAGCCAAACGCUUGCUGUCCUCCAGCACCCAGUCUACCUUGGGGACUAACACCUUGUUCCAAGGUGUGGGCGUCUACACGUCCGUUAGUCGUGCCCACUUUGAGGAACUGUGCUCAGACCUUUUCUGCAGUCCCCUGGAGCCUGCAGAGAAGGCCCUGAGUGAUGCCAAACCGACCAAGGCCCAUUAAAUCCACGAGGUCAUCCUGGUGGAUGGUUCUACCUGUAUCUCUAAGGUGCAGAAGCAUCUAUAAGCCUUCUUCAGCAGCAAGGAGCUGAACAAGAACAUCGACCCUGAAGAGGCUGUGGCUCAUGGGGCUGCAGUGUAGAUGGCUGUGUUGAUGGAAGACAAGUGUGAGAAGAUACAGAAUCUCCUCCUGCUGAGUGUGGCACCCCUGUCCCUGGAGCUGGAGACAGUGAUGACCACAUUGAUCCGGUGGAAUGUCACCAUCCCUACUAAACAGACCCAAGCCUUCCCUGCUUACUCAGACAACCAACCUGGAUUCCAGGCAUAUGAGAAAGAGAGGGCUGUGACAAAGGACGACAACCUGCCGGGCAGCUUCGAGUUCAGUGGUAUUCUCCCUGCCCCACAUGCAGUCCCUUGGAUGGAAGAUUUUGACAUAGAUGCCAGUGUCUGAGUCGACACUGACUGGAGUACAGGCAAGGCUAACAAGAGUACCGUCACCAAUGACAAAAGCCAGCUCAGCAAGGGGGAGAUGGAGAGGAUGGUUCUAGAGGUACAGUGCAAGGCUAAGGAUGAGGGCCAGAUGGUCAGAGUGGCUGCCGACAAUUCCUUGGAAGUCCAGAUUAUCCGAAUGAAGAGUUCCUUGCAGGGAGAUAGCCUUAGGGAAAAGACGCUGGCCCGGCUAGAACACAACCAGUUAGCUGACCAGGAGUGUGAACAUCAGAGGAGGGCGCUGCCACAAAUGUGCUGCCCCAUCUUCUCUAGGUUUUAG